CUAUAAAUACCCAACACCGUCGCCGCUCACUAAACCACACCCGAACACGUAGUGCACCUGUUCCACUGAAAGAUCACCAGCAGAGCUCCACUAGCUCCAAGCCACCGAGAGAAAAUGGCCGGCUUCUCGUACACGAGCACGAGCCAUGUUGCAGUUGCACUGGUUUCGGUGCUGCUGCUGAGCCUCGCGCACGGCUCCCUGGGGGCUCAUGGAGCCAGGAGGCUCAUGGAGCUGUACAAGCCGGACCCCAGCGAGCUCCUCACUUACCACAACGGCGCCGUGCUGCAGGGCGCCAUCCCGGUCACCGUGCUCUGGUACGGCCGCUUCACGCCCGCGCAGAAGGCCGUCGUCUCCGACUUCCUCCUCUCGCUCACCGCCGCCUCCCCGGCGCCGACCCCGUCCGUCUCGCAGUGGUGGGGCACCAUCGCCCAGCUCUACCUCUCCAAGGCCAAGGGCGCCAGCGCCAACGCCAAGCGCGCGACGCAGGUGGCGCUCGCCGGGCAGGCCUCCGACGAGCGGUGCUCGCUCGGGAAGAGCCUCGCGCUGCCCCAGCUCGCGGCGCUGGCGGCCAGGGCCAGGCCCCGGAUGGGCGGCAUCGCGCUGGUGCUCACCGCGGAGGACGUGGCCGUGGAGGGCUUCUGCCGGAGCCGGUGCGGCCUGCACGGCUCCGACGCCGGGGCCCGCACCGCGUACGUGUGGGUCGGCAACUCCGCCGCGCAGUGCCCCGGGCAGUGCGCGUGGCCGUUCCACAAGCCGGCGUACGGGCCCCAGGCGCCGGCGCUGGUGCCGCCGAGCGGCGACGUCGGGAUGGACGGCAUGGUGAUGAACGUCGCCAGCAUGGUCGCCGGCGCGGUCACCAACCCCUUCGGCGACGGGUUCUACCAGGGCCCCAGGGAGGCGCCGCUGGAGGCCGCCACGGCGUGCCCGGGGGUCUACGGCAGCGGCGCGUACCCCGGCUACGCCGGGAACCUGGCGGUGGACGCCACGACCGGGGCGAGCUACAAUGCCAAUGGAGCCAACGGGAGGAAGUACCUGCUUCCCGCGCUGUUCGACCCUGACACGUCCACCUGUUCAACCUUGGUGUAAUUUACUAUGGUGCAAUCUGUAAGGAUACGUAGUAGCAGUACUGUGUACAGGAUGAUCGAUGAGAGAUGAUGCUCUGUUUUGUUUUGAAA